UGAAUUAAAAGAUGCGGCCAUGAUCUAUUGUUUUCUACUAACCACACAAGAAUCUUUUAUUAUUUUUUGUAAACUAAUUUGUACCAAAUUUUAUGUAAAUUAGCAGUUCCAGAAAUGUCAGGAUUAUCAUUCUCUAUAAACGAAUCUACAAAUAAGUAUUUAUCAACACUGGCGCCGCCAACGGGCCCUUUACCUAACUCUGUUCCAGUUCCACUGGAUAUCCGUACCAUAAUGUCAACUGACCAGUACACGACCUUCUGUUCGCCCUCAUCUAGGAAUUUUAAGGCCAGGAGGGGCUUCCUCUUCAAUGUAAUCAGUGACAUUGAUUUGUUCAAGACGUUCAGCGACCCAAGCACGUAUGUAUCCCAAGUAUCCACGGGAUUCUAUGGCGCAACUCCUAGCGGUCCAGAGCAUAUCCUUAAUAUGCCUGAACAACACAAAUUGAUUAAGCCCAAUAUUGACAAACUAUACCUGUACUCCUUGGAUGUUAAGUUGACUGAAUCUGAUCCAGAUAAAGUACCUCAUUACUCUUUCCUCACUGAUUCUGACGCGAAAAUCGAGACUUCAGAUGAUAUGUACAAGAUAAUUUUGGAUAAAGAUGUGCACCUUGUUCAAUACGAUGAAAGGUGGUACUGGGAGUAUUCCGUUGACAAAUUGAAUGGCCACCCUAAAUGUAUAUUUUUUACCAGUAAAAACAACUUCAUGACACUGGUUUUUCCGAAUGGAGUUAAAAAGAAUAUUUUCAUUGACACGAACCCACUGAAACUUUACAAAUUACCCUCAGACUCUGAAUUUGACGACUACUACUAUAACAAUUCGAAUACCGCCUCCAAGCUUUCUGAAACCAAUUCUGGCAACAGUUCUCGCUAUACCAUUUCAGAUACCUCAGUCCCAAUCGCCACUCGUACCAGGAUGUUAAUGAAUCCAGAUGAUUACAUUGUGACCAAGCCAUAUAAUAAUUACAGGUUGUAUAGAGUGAAACCUGGGGUACUAUGUUGCAUGUGUAAAUACUUCGACGACGUUCUGUUUACUUACAAGGAAGGCGAACCCGUACCGGAAUAUAUACUGGUUGAUUACCAGUUUGAAAGCGUUCAAUUUAACUUCAAGGAUAAAAUUUCCUCGUUUCGCUAUGACAACAACAUGUGCUUGAUCACUCUUGUGGUUCCCAUUCCCAAAAUCGCCUUGUACUCUGAGGAGGGCGCGACUCUAUUACCUGGCCAGGAUUAUUACAUUCAAACCAGAUACAAGGAUUCAUUCGAGUAUGAGUUAAUCGGAGGAGUCAAGUGCCGCCUGAUUGACUUUGACGGCAAGAAGCUUUGGAGUUUCAAGGAAGGCUCCCCUCAUCCUACUCGCCUAACUUAUCACCCUGACUCCAAGGAAUUAAGACUUUCCUUCACCGAUAAUGGGUAUGCUCUUUUCAACCUCUCUGGCGGUAACUGGGUUCUCAAAUCCUCCUCAGACAACGUUCGUCAACACCUCUAAUUUGUUUUCAUGAUUCA